AUGGCGGUGACAUCUUCUCGCUCUAGUAAUACUUGGCCGUAUCACCGCCUUCAUUGCAUUUUCGGCGCCUUUGCUCAGGGUGACCGCGAAUUGAGUCCAGAGUCGGACGGUCCGGGAUCCACACGCCCUGACGAUGAGCUUCUCGAGACGAACGAGGAAUUUGAGUGUUGCGGAUGUAAAGAGACAGGCCACUUCCUGUACAAUGCCGACGGUGAAAGCAUGUCAUGCAAAGAGUGCGGCCAUAACAAAUGUGACAACUGUGUGGAGACGUGA